AUGUUACCCGGAUAUGACACUCCUACAGAUGCUGCCCCUAUAGUCAGAAAAACAGCCAUAAUUGACAGAGAACUCCUGCGUCUUUGCGUUGAUGUAGCUGCAUUACAGGAAACUCGUCUCUCUGGGGAAGGCAGCCUGCGUGAAGAUAAUAGCACCUUUUUCUGGAAAGGGAGAGAAAUUGGAGAAAGACGUGAACACGGAGUUGGCUUUGCAGUGCGAAACAGUUUUCUCAGCUGCUGCGAACAAACAAAAUCUAUGUCUGAACGAUUAACAACUUUGAGAUUAAAGACAACAUCAGGCCCCGUCACAUUAAUCUCUGCAUAUGCUCCCACUAUGAAAGCGCCACCUGAAGUCAAAGACAUGUUCUAUGAAGACCUGCGGAAAUGCCAGGAGAAUGUUCGUGGAUCAGAUAAACUCAUGUUACUGGGAGACUUUAAUGCCAGGGUUGGGAAUAAACGGAACAACUGGACCCACUGCAUUGGCCCAUACGGCAUUGGAAAUAUGAAUGAGAACGGUCAGCGACUGCUAGAACUUUGCACCUCUCUUUCUCUCUGCAUCACUAACACUUACUUCCAGAAUAGAGACGUGCACAAAGUAACAUGGAAACACCCACGUUCAGGCCAUUGGCAUCAGCUCGACUUCAUCAUAACCAGAAGAAGCGACCUACGUCAUGUCCUUAAUUCCCGCACAUAUCACAGUGCUGACUGUGAUACUGAUCACUCUUUAGUUAUGACCAAAUCACGGUUCACACCAAAGAAGAUUCACUCAGCUGAGAGCGUUUGUCGAAGAGUGAAGAUCAACACCAAAGCCAUUCAAGAAGAUACGCUAUAA